UAACACAGAUUUGAGUAAAAUAAAACCCAACAAUGUUUCGAUCAGCUUACCAAAAGGGAUUCCUUACCGUGUUCUACAGCGUGGGUAGCUCGCCCCUGGACAACUGGUCAUCCUAUACCAAAAAUGGCUACAUUAAGCGCAUCUACGAUGAGGACAUAAAGUCCCUGGUGCUCGAGAUAAUGGGCUCCAACGUGUCCACUACAUUUAUACACUGUCCCAGCGAGUGCAAGCAGCAGCUGGGCAUCAAGCUGCCCUUUCUUGUGCUCUUGAUCAAGAAUAUGCACAAGUACUUUUGCUUCGAAGUCAAGAUACAAGACGAUCAGCGUUUCAUGCGCCGCUUCCGCGUGUCCAAUUUCCAGAGCAAGACCUCCGUGAAGCCUUUUUGCACAGCCAUGCCAAUGGGUAUGUCUCCGGGCUGGAAUCAGAUUCAGUUUAACCUGGCCGACUUUACGCGUCGUGCCUAUGGGUCCAACUACCUGGAGACGGUCUCCCUGCAGGUGCACGCCAACGUGCGCAUUCGACGCAUUUACUUUGCCGACAAGCUCUACACGGAGGCGGAGCUGCCCAAUGAUUACCGCCUCAUGGGCAAGCCCAAGGACUUUAAGAAGCCGGAGAAGCAGUUCAAGGUUCAAGCCACCGCUCGUCCGCCGUCCCCCUUGAAUACAGCCCGCGGAGAGCCAGCCCCAUCGAAGGGCGAGGAGCCUGACGCCACAGUCGGACCAGGACCGGCAUCCGAGCCGCCGACAGAGGCGUACAGCGAGCCGGAGCCAGUGUUGCAGAAGGCGCCUUCGCCACCACCACCGCCAGCCGCCGAACCAGAGCCUGCUGCCGCACCCGCCGCCGAGGAGCCAGCUCCGCAAACGGAGGCCACAGAGCCCACCGAGGCCUACUACUAAGAGUUAUUGUUCCCAUGAAUUUAUUGUUAAUUUUCAUCGCAUUGACAGAGACUGAGAGUGGGCAGUGGACAACAUGCUAUAAAAUUUCCAGUCAAAGACAUACGAAAAAAACGAUUUAAACCCGCUGGGAAUCUGCACAAAA